CCCAGGGUGCCUGGACCCGAAAUCGGAUCGCGGCGCCCCGGAAGGGCUAGCGGUCCCAGCAUGCCCCGCGGCCUCCUAGGCCACCUCAGAGCUCGCGCCCCGCGGGGACCACAGUUCCCGGCAUUCGCGGGGCGGGGGCGGAGCCGGUCUCCUGGGCUGCUGGGUACCGGCGCGCCCUUCUGGAGGACUUCAGGUACCGGCGUGCCACGCGUCCUGCUGUCCGCCUGCUCGCGUCCAGGGCGCCGCCUCUGAGCAGGGCGGUCGGGAGGCAGCUGAGGCGGAGCUGAUGGCUGCGCUGAGGGCGGGGCGGGUUGUGGGCCGGAGCCUCUGGAGAUGGCGGGCUUUGAGGGGGACUCCCUGGGGAACGGGACCCGCGUUGACCCCUGACCUUCGGACCUUGCUGACGUCAGGAACUCCCGACGCUCGGGCCCGGGUGACGUACGGGCCCCUCAAUCCCCUGGCACGGUUGUCGGACCCUGAACCUUGGGCAUGUCUGACGUCGGGGUUCCUGGAUUCCCGCGCUCGGCUGACCGCGGGGGCCCCCGAUCCCCGGAAGGCCUCAGAGACCCCCGGAACACGACGGCGCGUGUGGCUGGCGGUGGCGCUGGGCGCCGGGGGAGCGGUGUUGUUGUUGUUGUGGGGCGGGGGUCGGGGUCCGCCGGCGGUCCUAGCUGCGGUCCCUGCCCCGCCACCCACCUCUCCCCGGAGCCAGUACAACUUCAUUGCGGACGUGGUGGAGAAGACGGCACCUGCCGUGGUCUAUAUCGAGAUCUUGGGCCGGCACCCUUUCUCGGGCCGCGAGGUUCCCAUCUCGAACGGCUCAGGAUUCGUGGUGGCUGCCGAUGGGCUCAUCGUUACCAACGCCCAUGUAGUGGCUGAUCGACGCCGGGUGCGCGUGAGGCUGCCUAGCGGUGACACGUAUGAGGCCAUGGUCACAGCUGUGGAUCCCGUGGCAGACAUCGCCACGCUCAGGAUUCAGACCAAGGAGCCUCUCCCCACGCUGCCCUUGGGCCGCUCCGCUGAUGUUCGGCAAGGGGAGUUUGUCGUUGCCAUGGGAAGUCCCUUUGCGCUGCAGAACACGAUCACAUCGGGCAUUGUCAGCUCUGCUCAGCGCCCAGCCAGAGACCUGGGACUACCCCAAACCAAUGUGGAAUACAUCCAGACUGAUGCAGCUAUUGAUUUUGGAAACUCUGGAGGUCCCCUGGUUAACCUGGAUGGGGAGGUGAUUGGGGUGAACACCAUGAAGGUCACAGCUGGAAUCUCCUUUGCCAUCCCCUCCGAUCGCCUUCGAGAGUUUCUGCAUCGUGGGGAAAAAAAGAAUUCCUGGUUUGGAACCAGUGGGUCCCAGCGCCGCUACAUUGGGGUGAUGAUGCUGACUCUGACUCCCAGCAUCCUUGCUGAACUACAGCUUCGAGAACCAAGCUUUCCCGAUGUUCAGCAUGGGGUCCUCAUCCACAAAGUCAUCCUGGGCUCCCCUGCACACCGGGCUGGUCUGCGGCCGGGUGAUGUAAUCUUGGCCAUUGGGGAACAGCUGGUACAAAAUGCCGAAGAUGUUUAUGAAGCUGUUCGAACCCAAUCCCAGCUGGCAGUGCGGAUCCGACGGGGGCCGGAAACACUGACCUUAUACGUGACCCCUGAGGUGACCGAAUGAACGUAGCAGCAGGAGUGUGAGGCUCCUGUCUGAUUUCCUCCCUGCCUCCCUGGCCUGGGCUUCGAGGGCACCUGGACAGAGGUUUAAGUGAGACCAUGGGGGGCAGGUCCCUCCAACCAGCAGCACCGGUCCCUGGGCUCUGAAGAAUCACAAACAUGCUUUUUAUAUAAAAUAAAAUUAUACCUAGCAACA